AUGGAAGAAUUUCUUUCAUACAGUGUUGAUGUUAUUUCUGUGUUUUUCUCAUUCAUCUCACUUCUAUUUUUUCUUAUAACUGAAGUCAUACUAGGAAUUUUCCUUAAUUACCGGGACACCCCCAUAGUGAGAGCCAACAACCGGAGCCUGAGCUUCCUCCUCCUUGUCUCCAUCAAGCUGAGCUUCCUCAGUGUGUUUCUGUUCCUCGGUCGCCCUGUGGAUAUAACCUGCAUGCUGCGCAUCAUCACUUUUGGAAUCACCUUCUCCAUAGCUGUCUCUUCUCUCCUGGCCAAGACUAUCAUGGUUUGUGUUGCUUUCAAAGCCACCAAGCCAGGGAGCUCAUGGAGAAAAUGGCUGGGAGUCAAACUGUCCAAUUCUGUAGUCUUGUUCUGCUCAUCCAUUCAAAUAAUCAUCUGCAUGACUUGGUUGGCCAUUUCUCCUCCCUUUCAGGAACUGGACAUUCACACUUCCCCUGGAACCAUCAUCAUUCAGUGCAAUGAGGGCUCAGCUAUUGGCUUUUACUCAGUUAUUGGGUAUAUGGGGCUUCUGGCAGCUGUUAGUUUUGUUUUAGCAUUUUUAGCUCGGAGCUUACCGGACAGUUUUAAUGAGGCCAAGUACAUCACUUUCAGCAUGCUGCUCUUCUGCAGUGUUUGGAUCACAAUGAUCCCGGCCUAUCUGAGCACCAAAGGCAAAAACACUGUGUGUGUGGAGAUAUUUGCCAUACUCACCUCAAGCGCGGGGCUUUUAGCCUGUAUAUUUCUGCCCAAAUGUUAUAUUAUUUUAUUCAGACCUGAAAUUAAUACAAAAUCCCAUUUACUUGAGAACAAAUAUUGA